CUGAACGAUUCUCAGAGCCUCCAGCAGGUGGUGCUAUUCCCCAGCACCCCACCACCCCACCGGUAGUUGGGUGAUAAUUCCACAGUUAUGUCAUUUAGGUGUACUCGCUAUACUGUACCUCAGGAGGAGGAGGAAAGCUGUCAACACCUCACCGCCACAGACCUGUUCUCCCCGCCUCUCCCGGCUCCUCCUGCCACCUGCGUCCGGCACUUUGUCUCUCCGAAGCAGUUUGUCUUGUCACUUUUUCUUUUUUUUGCGCGCAGCCUUCUUAAUCUGCGCAGGCUGACAGAAAGUCUGCCGUACCGCCGAGAUGCACCUGGAUAGGUGAGAGGGGGUGGGAGGGGCACCGACACGGGGAUGAAAAACCCCCUGGGCUCUUAAAUCUUAAAAAGUCUUUUCCCUCCGGGACACCGGCGGACCACCCUCCGAUGCAAUUGACCCAGGAAGGCGACUUUGUCAAGGGGGACUCGACGCCGACCGCCGCCACUCUCCAGUCCGACGGCAGCGCCGCAUCUGUGGCCAACAUGUGCAGCGAAUGUUACGUGAACCAGUCGUUUGUGCACGACGACGGGACCGUGAACGAGCACAAAGCACGCUCUACGCCGGCGCCCCCCCGGAACAACGGCAACAGCGAGGUCAUCUUAGACAUCUCCACCCUUAAGAUGGAGCAGCCGGAGAGCGAGGUGCCGCCGCUGCCGCCGCGCUUCCGUUUCAGGGACCUGCUGCUCGGGGACCAGAGCUUCCAGAAUGAUGACAGGGUGCAGGUCGAGUUCUACGUGAACGAGAACACCUUCAAGGAGCGACUGAAGCUUUUCUUCAUCAAAAACCAAAGAUCAAGCCUCAGGAUUCGCGUGUUCAACUUCUCCCUGAAGCUGCUCACCUGUCUGCUCUACAUCAUCCGAGUGGUCACGGACAACCCCGGACAGAGGGCCGGCCACGGUGCGGGACAGCAGAACGCCCCCAACGGCAACAACAAAUGCGUGGACUGCCAGUGGAACGGCUCAGUGCAGGACAGAGAGAUCAACUGGGAGCUGAUCUUCUGGGUGGAUAGAAAGCCGACUGUCUGGGCCAUUCAAGUGAUUGUGGCCAUCAUAAGUUUCCUGGAGACUAUGUUACUGAUGUAUCUGAGCUUCAAGGGGAACAUUUGGGAGCAGAUAUUCCAGGUGUCCUUCCUCCUGGAGAUGAUCAACACUGUUCCCUUCAUCAUUACAAUCUUCUGGCCGUCCAUACAGAACAUCUUCAUUCCCGUGUUCCUCAACUGCUGGCUGGCCAAAUGUGCCUUGGAGAACAUGAUCAAUGACGUCCACCGGGCCAUCCAGAGGACCAACUCUGCCAUGUUCAACCAGGUCCUGAUUCUCAUCUGCACCUUACUCUGCCUGGUCUUCACUGGCACGUGUGGAAUCCAGCACCUGGAGCGAGCGGGCAAGAACCUGUCCCUCUUCAAUUCCUUCUACUUCUGCAUCGUCACCUUCUCCACCGUGGGCUUUGGAGACGUCACGCCCCGCAUAUGGCCCUCCCAGCUGCUGGUGGUCAUCAUGAUCUGUGUGGCGCUGGUGGUGCUGCCUCUUCAGUUCGAGGAGCUGAUCUACCUGUGGAUGGAGAGACAGAAGUCCGGAGGCAAUUACAGCCGCCACAGAGCGCAGACGGAGAAACACGUCGUGCUGUGUGUCAGCGCACUCAAAAUAGACCUGCUCAUGGAUUUUCUCAAUGAGUUCUAUGCCCAUCCUAGACUGCAGGAUUACUAUGUGGUGAUCCUGUGCCCGAGUGAAAUGGAUCUCCAGGUGCGGAGGGUUCUGCAGAUCCCUCUGUGGUCGCAGCGGGUCAUCUAUCUGCAAGGAUCUGUUCUCAAAGACCAGGAUCUGAUGAGAGCCAAAAUGGACGACGCAGAGGCUUGUUUCAUUCUGAGCAGCCGUAACGAGGUUGAUCGCAUGGCGGCGGACCAUCAGACCAUCCUGAGAGCCUGGGCCGUGAAGGACUUUGCUCCAAAUUGCCCCCUCUACGUCCAAAUACUCAAACCUGAAAAUAAGUUCCAUGUGAAAUUUGCAGAUCACGUUGUGUGUGAGGAGGAGUUCAAAUAUGCCAUGUUGGCUCUCAACUGUGUUUGUCCCGCCACCUCCACCUUGGUCACGCUCCUUGUACACACCUCCCGUGGACGAGAAGGGCAGCAGUCUCCGGAGCAGUGGCAGCGGAUGUACGGAUGUUGCUCGGGCAACGAGGUCUACCACAUCCGACUGUGUGACAGCAAGUUCUUCGGAGAGUAUAACGGCAAAAGCUUCACAUACGCCUCCUUUCAUGCCCACAAGAAGUACGGCGUGUGUCUGAUCGGCAUAAAGAGGGAGGAGAACAAGAGCAUCCUGCUGAACCCUGGCCCGCACCACAUCAUGGCUGCCACAGACACCUGCUACUACAUCAACAUCACCAAGGAGGAGAACUCGGCCUUCAUCUUUAACCAGGAGGAGAGGAAGGGCCGCCCUGUCGGGGGCCUCUACGACGGGCCCUCGCAGCUUCCUGUGCACAGCAUCAUCGCGAGCAUGGGCACUGUCGCCAUGGAUCUCCAGAACACGAGUCCACCUGACGCCUCAGGCGGUAAACUGGUCCCACCCACUGUGAACGGGACGGGGAGCCGCCGGCCGAGCAUCGCUCCGGUCCAGGAGCUCGCCGACUCCUCCUCGAUCCUGCCGUGUGACCUCCUCAGUGACCAGUCAGAGGACGACUCAGUCUUCACAGACGAGAAAGACAACUCGGCUGCUGAGUAUGUGAAAGGUUAUCCCCCUAACUCUCCGUACAUCGGGAGCUCGCCCACCUUGUGCCAUCUGUUGACUGAAAGAGCCCUGUUCUGCUGCCUACGACUGGACCAGGGCUGCAGGCACAACAGUUUCGAGGACGCGAAGGCUUACGGUUUUAAAAACAAGCUCAUCAUUGUGUCUGCCGAGACCGCGGGGAACGGCCUCUAUAACUUCAUCGUGCCUCUCAGAGCUUAUUACAGACCCAGGAAAGAACUCAACCCCAUCGUCCUGCUGCUGGAUAACCCGCCAGAUAAUCACUUUCUGGAGGCCAUCUGCUGUUUCCCUAUGGUCUACUACAUGGCUGGGGCCAUAGACAAUCUCGACAGCCUGCUGCAGUGUGGCAUUAUCUAUGCAGAUAAUUUGGUUGUUGUGGAUAAAGAGAGCACAAUGAGUGCUGAGGAGGACUACAUGGCCGAUGCCAAAACUAUUGUCAAUGUACAGACGAUGUUCAGGUUGUUUCCCAGUCUCAGCAUCAUCACAGAGCUGACUCAUCCAUCCAACAUGAGAUUCAUGCAGUUCAGAGCAAAGGACUGCUAUUCACUGGCUCUCUCCAAGCUGGAGAAGAAGGAGCGCGAUAAAGGCUCCAACUUGGCCUUCAUGUUCCGCCUGCCCUUCGCCGCGGGCAGAGUGUUCAGUAUCAGCAUGCUGGACACUCUGCUGUAUCAGUCUUUUGUGAAGGACUACAUGAUCCUCAUCGCACGGCUGCUACUGGGACUGGACACCACUCCAGGAUCGGGAUACCUCUGUGCCAUGAAGGUAAAUGAGGAAGAUCUAUGGAUCGGCACUUAUGGCAGACUGUUCCAGAAACUCUGCUCCUCUAGUGCCGAAAUUCCCAUCGGGAUCUAUCGGACAGAGUCCCACAUUUUCUCUUCCUCUGAGUCCCAGGCGUCGGUCAGUGUCGACGACUGCGAGGACACCAAGGACAGGGGGGACGAGGCCCGCAGCAACGACCAAUCGGACCACCCCCUGCUGAGGAAGAAGAGCAUGCAGUGGGCGCGGCGGCUCAGUAAGAAGAGCGGGAGGUGGCAGGGCGUGAGCCGGGACUCGAGCAGGGACCACGGCCAGCGCAUCGCCCAGCAGCGGCUCAACCGCUACCGACGCUCUGAGAGGGAGGAGCUGUCUGAGCUGGUCCGCAACCGCAUGAGGCAUCUGGGCCUCCCCACCUCGGGAUAUGAAGACCUAACUAAUCUGACAGCCAGUGACGUCAUGAACAGAGUCAAUCUGGGCUACUUACAAGACGAACAGACUGAUCAACAAAACACCCUCUCAUAUGUUCUGAUCAACCCGUCUCCUGACACCAGGCUGGAGCUCAAUGACAUUGUGUACCUGAUUCGUUCGGACCCUCUGGCUCACGUCCCUGAUGAACCUCCAGUCCACAGCAGCAGCCUGAAAGAGAGGAACGAGUCCAGCUUAGAUGCCAGAGAGGACACGCAGCUCUGAUAGCCGCGCUGGUCUCCACUGCGGCGCACUCGUCCCUGGUCAGCCCGUCAGUUUUCCCGGGGGGUCUGGUUGUGUCCACACAUGGCCCAGGCCGACAGAGUCCAACAAUUUGUGGCAUGAUGUUCCAGCAAUGCAGUCUACCGCUGUGUUAUUUGAGUGCCUAUACUAUUUGGCAGAUGACGUUUGACGUCAUCUGCGACAUUUUCCUCCUCUUGCCACAGACACAGUAUGUAGGAAUAGUGUAUUCGUCUUCUGUCAAAGCUCUCUCCAACGGGCAGUCAGGGACACGCUAAGGGAAGGGAUUUCAGUCGGGUUCGUCUCACCUGCAAGUUUGAUCGAAUUCACCAACACAAAAGAAUUCAGAUGACACCACUCACACGUCAUUUAAACCUCCUGAAUUUCCUUUUACUGGCCGUUUGGAUUGUGGCUCCCUCAGAUAAAGUGUCACAUCCUCAUCAGAGAUUUCGGGCCCAGAAUGUAUCCAUAUUUUCUAAACUUUUCAUUUUUCUCUUUUUUUGACUUGACUUACAUAACUUUUCUAAUGUGACUGUGGGUUAAAAUAUGUGCAUUGAAAGCUCUUAUUUUUGUAGCUGAACUUUAGAGGUAGUUUAUUCAGUAGCGUACAAACAAUGGUGGUUACUUACUGUAUGUGUUUGCUGCAGUACACGUCUUAGUUUGGAUGAGGUAGUUCAACCCUUUAACCCCAUCUCAUGCCAUAUAUUCAGUAUUCUGCCCUUAAGGAUUUGUUAGAUUUGUUCUAGAGAACCUCAUUUCACUCCCAGCACUGCGCAGUGAUUUGUGGCUGUGUGGGUGAGGUUAUGUAUUUUUAAAAAAUGCUACGUCCUGUACACAAGAUUUUUGGAUUGCCACUUUUUGACCUCAUAUAUAUAUAUUUAAAUGUUGAAAAUAUUUGAGUGAGUUUCAUUUGAUUAAACUUUGCACAUUAAAGUGCCACUAUAUGAUAUAUAAGCAUA